UUGAGUGGUCAGUUAGCACACCAAACUCGAUUCAGUAUGCGCAGCAGCCACCUCCUCGUCGCCGUCCUCAGCCUGUCAUGGCUCGUGGCCGCUGAGGGCAUCAUCGUCCUCGCCGGCGCCGCAGCUGUUGGCGCUGCCGCCCUGGCCAUCGGUGGGCUGGCAGCCCUCAAGGGCGCUGCCAUCGUGGGCUACGCCGCUGGAAGGCACCAUCGCCGCUACCACGGGCGCUCCUACGGUCACUACAGGCAGCCGUAUUACAAGUACCACCGCCACGGCCGCUCCGUCGACCCUGCUGCUGACGAAGGUGAGGACCUUCUUCUGGCCACCGUCGGGCAGCUCGACCCCAACGGCUGCAUCCUCAAGAUGCUGUGCCAGCUCCAGACCAAGGACGAGUCGACCCUCACCCUCGAGGAGGACCUGCUGCUGGGCAUGUUCGCCAACAGCACCGAGACGCUGUCCUCCUUCAACGCCGCCUUCGUCUACGCCACCGACAUCGGCUCGAAGACCCGCGACCCGUCUGUCUGCAAGAAGUUCUUCCCCAAGUGUCCGCUGGGAGACCAGGAGCUCGACGGCCUCCUGCAGAUGGCCUGGGGGUGCGGGGCCGCCUUCCUUGAGCAACCCCAGGAAGUCUAG